CAGUCUUUCUGACUGGAACGGAAUCCGACCUCCCUAACCGGAACUGCGAGUUUCAGAGUUCACCUGGAACGCAGCAAUAUUAUAGACUCCAAGAUCCGACUUCGUCUGUAGACGGAACACCUUCUUUCACGUGAAAGUGACACGACAGUCGGCUUCGGUUUAUAGAGUCGAAGCUGACACAGACAACCUUUGUUCUUCAAACCAUUUGCAUCUUUAUUUUUUAAGUGAUUUGUAAUUCUUAUUAUGGAGGCCUAAGCCUCGCUGUGAGGGAUGUUCAGUUUUGGGAGAGUGGUUUGAAUUGAGAAACCCAGGGAUUUUCUUUUGGCCCAGUUUUUAAAAUUUAAUUUUUUUUUUUGUAAUGAUCCUUUAUUAGCUCUGUUACCGAAAUGAAACAACGUUUAACCAUCUGUCCGAAUAAAUUGAAACAUUUAGCCAAUAUCAUUCAUUAUGCAAAAGCUAAUGCACAAGCUUCCAGUCUAUGUGCAAAUGAUCCAGGCUGAUGUGUACACCAAAAAUGACAAUGUUUGAAACAUUUUUACUUUCCUGCUAACCAAGUUUGAUUAAGUGCAGGGCCUGGAGAGUAUAGCAAGAGGACAGUGUGUGGUUUGCUGAAAGUUGGCUUUACUUUGCAAGAUUUGCUGCAGUGUUUUGGAGUGGUAAAGCAGUGGUUUGUAAUACUCUUUUACUGCUUCAAGUAUAGACUCCAAUCAUUAUAGUCCCAUGGCCAUGGUUUGAGGUAGCGUUUUUCAUUAUUACAUCCAUGAUAUAAUCAUACACAAAAUUGUAUACAAUAUUUCAGUGGAAAUUUUGCAUGUUUUAUUAUUAUUUUGGUUAAUCUGAGUAAACAAAAUGGUUAAAUUGAUAUUCCACUGUAUUUCUGAUUGGAGGCACAUUUUCUUUUUUGUUUAAAUUCAACCCUGGGCUAUAAAUUCAAAUCUCUUAAUUCAAACCUCUCUCCCUGAAACGGACAUCCCUCUCUAUAGAUUCCCCUUUCCUAAAAAUGGAAAUUUUACAAAAUAAUGCUUUUUUUGUGGGCUUAUGCCGUAACAGCACGCCUGCAAACCUACAGUAUGACAACUCAUCUGAGCUCUUUCGCAUAUCUACCUUUGCCAAGUUCCCAACAAGCGUGGCAGUGACUGAAAGGAGCCUAGCGCGGGCUGGUUUUUACUACACAGGGGUUGGGGACCGGGUCCAGUGCUUCCGCUGUAAUGUGACUGCCGAGAACUGGCAGUCCGGCGAGUGCCCAACUGAGCGACACCGUCAGCUGUCCCCAACCUGCACCUUCAUUCAAAGCCUGCCAUCCACAGCCAGCCUUCUGUCCUCCUCCCACUCGGCCUUCUCGCCCCUCCGGAAUGUUCCAGUCCUGCCACUUUCGGCCUCGGUUGCCACCACUGCGCCCACUGCAGCUGUCGUAACUUCCGCUGCAGUACCUCCCCCAGGCCAGCAAGAGGAGCAGGUGGGCUACUUCAACAUGGGGUUCACCAGCCUGCCUCCGACCAGCCCGCUGAGCUCGCGUGGUAUUGAGGACAUGUCUCAUCAGCGGCCACCUACCUGCCACAACCCUAGCAUGCGGCGGGAGCAGGACCGCCUGGAAAGCUUCCAGAAUUGGACACAGGCCACCAUCACCCCAGCUGAGCUGGCCAAGGCAGGCUUCUACUACCUGGGGCAGGGUGACCGUGUGGCCUGCUUCACCUGUGGGGGCCAUCUGAGCAACUGGGAGCCUGGCGAUCGCGCUGUGUCUGAGCACCAGAGGCACUACCCCAACUGCCGCUUUGUCAGGGGUGAUCGUGCGGAGAACGUGUCUCUGAACCCUGGUGGGCUGGUCAACGUGUCCAACCCAGUCAUGCAGCAGUGUGAAGAGAGGCUGCUCACCUUUGUUAACUGGCCCUCCAGGAUACCUGUGCGACCAGACCAGCUGGCCAAGGCAGGCUUCUACUAUGUAGGGCGCAAUGAUGAUGUGAAAUGUUUUUGCUGCGAUGGAGGACUCAGGUGCUGGGAGUCAGGUGAUGAUCCUUGGGUGGAACAUGCCAAAUGGUUUCCAAGGUGUGAGUACCUUUUGCAAGAAAAGGGACAAGAGUUUGUCCACCAAAUUCAAGCCAGAUUUCCCCGUUUGUUUGAGCAGCUGCUGACAAACGGGGACAGCAAUGCACGGGAGUUUGUUGAUCCACCAGUGGUGCACCUGGGGCCAGGUGAAGAGCGGUCAGAAGAUGCUGUGAUGAUGAACACGCCUGUGGUCACGUCAGCCCUGGAGAUGGGCUUUGACCGUAGCCUGGUCAAACAGACUGUGCAGAGCAAGAUCCUCACCAGCGGCGAGAACUACAAGACUGUGCAGGAGCUGGUGUCUGACCUUCUGAGUGCUGAGGAUGAGAAGCGUGAAGAAGAGAAGGAGAGAUUCGCAGAGGAAAUGGCCUCGGACGGGUUCACGUUCUUGAAGAAGCACCACAUCGCCCUGACGCAGCGGCUGAAGAGUGUUCAGAGCCUGAUGGAUCACCUGCUGGAGCAGGCGGUCAUCCUGCAGAAGGAGUAUGACGCCAUCCACAGCUGCACCUCCGUCAAGCAGCAGACCAGCCAGCUCAUAGACCUGGUGCUGUCCAAGGGAAACGCGGCGGCCGAGGUCUUCCGCAACUGGAUCCAAAAGAACGACGUAUAUCUCUUAAGAGAACUUAUGGCCCAGUCAAAUGAAGCUGCAUCACCGAGUCAAGAUCUUUCAGAUCUGCCAAUGGAGGAGCAGCUGAGGAGACUGCAGGAGGAGAGGACGUGCAAAGUGUGCAUGGACAAGGAGGUCAAUAUCGUCUUCAUCCCCUGCGGCCACCUGGUGGUGUGCAAAGAGUGUGCCCCCUCUCUGCGCAAGUGCCCCAUCUGCAGGGGCCUGGUGAAGGGGACUGUGCGCACCUUCCUCUCCUAAUCCCAGUAACCCAAGGGUAUCAGACUUCCUGUUCUCAAGUGCUAAAUCAUCUGCAGGUUUUCAGUGCAUUUCACCAUUUAAAUGCUUAAUUUGAGGUCACCUAUUGGUUGAAGCAGGUGUCUGCAACCAUACUCGUGGAGAACACCUGAAUGCUGUUUUUAGUCGUUACUCUGUGCUUCAUUGAUCAGUGAAAACAAGUCACUUACACCGAGUUACCUGGCUACCAGGAGCUGAAUUGGUUGCUGAUUUACAGGCGAAAACAAACCAAAAACGGCAGACACUGCCCUACCAGGAUAAUGGUUACAGACACCUUGACUAAAGAGACCAUGCUUCCCAAGCCUCCAUUAGCCACUGAUUGUAAAUGAGCUACAAAAGCCUGCAGGCAUGCUGCCCUUCGGACUGAAGUUCAGAGAUCUCUGGAGUAAUAGCUUCUGAUCUUAUCUAAGCAUAGCAUUGUGGUUUCCUGUUUGUAUGCAAUUUCCCCCCCAGCUAUUCUAGAUUCAUUUUCUAAAUGGCUGUGUACAUUAAUGCUGUAUACUGAAGCUAACUGUUAAUAAUUAAAUACUUAAAAUAAAGAUCUGAAUAUGGC